CUCUUUUUCUCUCCAGAGAGCACAGGAGCUCCCAACCAGCCCAGCCUCUCCCGUUGCCACGAGUCCAGGUGCGACGGGACCCCACCCACCCCAGGAUGUCACAGGAUGUGACCUACGCUGACCUGCGGUUCGUGAGGACCCCUCUGGAGAAGAGCCAGGGGAAAGACCCCAGCGAGGGAGAGCUGACCUAUGAGAACGUCCAGGGCCCCCCCUGCCAGGAGGAGAGGAAUCCCACCGCCACAGAGGGCAGGAAAGAGUUGGACCGUCGGACCUGGUACUCCAUCCUGGCACUGGUAGCCGCCUGCCUUUUCCUUCUCACCACCGCCAUAGGACUGGGGGUCCGAUACUGGCAGGUCUCACGGCAACUGCAGCAGGCGAAUGAAGAUGGCAGCGCCCUGGCACGGAGAAUUGGCUCCAAGGAGGGCAGCCUGGCCCAGGCCCAGGUCCAGCUGGAAGAGGCCAAGGAGGAGCUCCACUCCACCAACAAGACCCUCUGGAGCUGCUGGGCUGCUGGGAACAGGACCCAGGAGAAGCUGAGGCAAGCCAACGAGAGCCUGAUGCUUACGCAGCAGGAGAAGGAAGAGCUGGAACAGGAGAAAGAGCAGCAUCAACAGGACAAUGCAAGGCUACAGGAGGAGAAGGAGAGCCUUCAGCAGCAGUUGGAGGAGUUGAGGAAAAAACUAGAGCUAGACUGCUCUUCCCAUGGAUGGAAUCCCUUCGGGUGGAAAUGCCUGUGGAUUUCACCUCCAUCAGAAAUGAAGAGUUGGUGGAACAGCCAGGAAGCCUGCAAAAAGAAAUCAUCUCAGCUGCUUGUUUUAAAGCCCUGGACUGCAGAACAGCUAUGGGGUGCCACAUUCAUUGAUAAGAGUUAUCAAUAUUGGAUUGGACUUCAAAAAUUCUUGCAACCAACAUCUUGGAAAUGGGUUGAUGGUACUGACUUUGAAGGAACUGAAAAUUUUGGGACUUGUGAUUAUAGAGGAGGCUACUGCAUUCGAAUGAGCCAAGGAGCCCUGGAACAGUGUGGCUGUUCGGAUGUAAAAAGAUUUAUCUGUGAGAAGAAAGCUCGAUAUCCAUAACCAUUGUGAGCUCAGUAGGGCCAAAUUAUGUGCAAAGACCCCCGACAGGCAAGGCCUUCUCUGAAGGAUCCAGCAUGGCUUUUUCCAGCAAUGAACCCGCCCGCCCCCCUGCCAUCACCACUAGCGUAUGACAUGAGAACAACCAAAGCACACUCCCCUCUAAUUGUCAAAACAAUAAAAUCAAUGUUUAUCAAUACACAAUGUGGGCACACAUAGAAACCAUACAGUGGUACCUCUGGUUACGAACUUAAUUUGUUCUUGACAUCUAUUCUUCUUCUUCUUCUUCUUCUUCUUCUUCUUCUUCUUCUUCUUCUUCUUCUUCUUCUUCUUCAUUUUGCUUUUUUAUUAUUAUUGAGGAUUUUCUUGGUUUACAAAGGUAAUGCAGUGUCUCAUAAUUUUUCCAUUGUUACACAUCAAUCUUGCUUGUUGAGACAUUCGGAGAUCCAUUCUUAAGCUGAAACCGUUCUUAUCCUGAGCCGCGCUUUCGCUAAUGGGGUCUCCUGCCACACAAUUUCUGUUUGCAUCCUGGGGGGAAAUUUGCAACCAGGAGCAGCUACUUCAGGGUUAGCGGAGUUCAUAACCUGAAGCGUUCAUAACCAGAGGUACCACUGUAUUCUGAAAUGGUGCAGGAGAGCAAUCCCGGAGCCAUGCUGACUCUCUUAAAGGACCUCAAAUCUUUCUCUGCAAAAGCAGGAAGUAUAUUGGGGAGAGGGGAAUGACUUUCCAGAUUGUUCUAUUUCAGUGUAAAUCCUGUAAAUAAAUAAACUGC